GAGCAAUCAAGAAAAAGUCUUUUUUGUUUGUUUUUAAUCUAGCGCAUGGCGUGUGGGUUUGUUUUAAUGUUAUAUCCAUAUGUCUACUUGCAUUGGCCUCCCCCAAAGCACGGAAGGGUCCCACUGAGCAGCUUACUUACAUAACUUCUGUGCACACGAGCUAAACUCUGAACUACAGCCCUGAGCCGGACCAGUUGGUUUAAAGAACAGAUUUGUUUUCCACACGCAGCCCUCAGAGAAGAACGAGUUAACCUAAUAUGAGCCGUGUUCUGAAUAACUUCAGAAAAUCUGAAUUUAUUAGCAUUUCAGUUCAAGAUCCAAAACUCCACAAAGAAGACAUCUGGAAUACAUAUGUUGACUAUGAGAUCUGUCUACAAACCAAUAGCAUGUGUUUUCGAAAGACGAGGUCUUGCGUUAGGAGGCGAUACAGUGAGUUUGUCUGGCUGCGUCAUUGCCUGGAGCAGAACGCCCUCGUCUUAAAUGUGCCCAAACUGCCAUCCUGGAACCCCUUUUUUAAUCUGAAGAACGAAGACCAAGUUACCAAGAGGAUGAAAGGUCUGCAGGAAUUUCUUGAGAAUGCUCUCCAGGUUCCCUUGCUGUUAUCUGACAGCAGGCUACAUCUGUUCCUGCAGUCAGGUCUCAGUAUUACAAAGAUUAUGAAGUGCUCUCUUGGUAAGACAAAGUACACAGUGGCUGAAGCCAUACAGCGUUCCAGCAGUGAUUGCAUUAAAAGUUUAGAGGACAAAGCUACUUAUGACUCGGAUUGUGAAAGUUCCUCAUCAUCGGGGCUAGGAUUGAGUAUUGAGACUCAGGUUCGAGAAGAUCCCCUCAGUUUCGCUGAAAGGGUCUUGUAGCUGUUUAGAUGUCCUUCACAGAGCCUGACUGUUUUUUAGUAGAUGCCAGCGACAUUGUUCCACUAAUGUUUUAAAAUGUGCUUGUUCAUCCGAUGUAAAGUUUCCAGCCUUUAAGUUUGUGUAGUGUAUUUUCUUUUCUUAUUUUUGAAGAAAACUGUAUAGUAAACUUGUUUCUUAAAUCUGUACCAAGUUCAAUGGACAUUUUAUUUCUCCAAAGCGACAGAGGUGAAGAUGUUUUGGAUUGCAGAAAGCUAUUUUUCUUUUUAAAUAUAAUUGUACUUUUAAUGCUAAAAUAUAAAUAAAUUGUAUUUUUGAGCAGA